AUGAAGUUCGGGUUGAACUGCCUCUCUGUGGGCACAUAUAUUAUCGCCCUAGCCCAGGCGCAACAUGGCGAAGAGUAUUCCGAGACGAUGGGACCAGUUGCAUUUAUGUGGCCACCUGACCGUGUAUGGGGAGCUGCUCAAGACAACACUGCGCCGUGUGGUUCAGCAUCGGGAGUGGCAAACAGGACCGAGUUUCCUCUCCUCAAUGGCCAAGUUGCUCUUGUAGCACAAGAUGAAUCUUGGUCGAUCCAAGUCGCCAUAUCUUACAGCAAUAACCCCACUUCCAACGACGACUUCGAAACCAUCAUUGCUCCGACGAGGAUACCAGAAUUAGACGAAGGACACCAAUGCUUCCCGAUUGCCAACCCACCUGCCGACAUCGAAGCCGGGUCAAAUGCCACGCUCCAGAUCAAGUAUACCUCCGACUUCGACACCGAUAAGAAUGAAACGUUUUAUGCCUGCUCCGACAUAACCUAUGUCCCGACCAGCCAGUUCACUUACCAGGUCCCGUGCUUCAAUGCCACAGUUGAGGACUUUAACAUCACUGAGCCAAGCUCCAGCGCUUCAGGAACUGCCGCAGGAGCGAGUGCCACGGCACCGGCCCCUUCGGCGAGUUCAAAAUCGUCCUCGUCUGGUCUCUCAGGAGGCGCCAUUGCAGGCAUUGUAGUUGGCGUUGUUGUGGGAGUAGGUUUCAUUGCAGGUCUUCUUUGGUUGUCCUUCUGGCGUCGUUCUGCACGGAACAAGCGUCUCCGUGAACACGAAGCAUCUGUGAGAGCGGUGAAAUGGGACGAACAUCUCGCAGGAUCUGCUCCAACAUCACGAGCCUCGACCCAGGAUAUUGCGCUCUCCAACAUGCCAGGCAACAGAACUUGA